AUGGCUUCGACCGGGCAGGAAAUGGCAGACUUGCAACGAGUUAUUGCCCUGGUGAAAUCGUUACUCAAUGCCCAGCUGAAGGACAUACUGCGAAGUGAGGGCCUCGCGGUUUCUGGUGUUAAGGCGAUUUUACAAGAACGAAUAAUUGACCCUCAACAUCAAAUGCCAUCCACUCCAACACAAUCUUCGGCUACAUACCAACCACCUCAAUCUGCACCAUCCACGUAUGCGCAGCAAACAGUGCCCCCGUUUUCUCUUUCAAUGACUCCAAGUCAUUCCUUUUCGACCGGUCGACUUAGUUUUAAAGACAGCCCAUUUUAUUCUAUCAUCGAACCGUUGACGCCUGUGGUAGAAUGCAAAGUUAGAGAAAGUACGCGUGAUAGCGUAAUUUUAAAGGUUGUUCUCUCAGCGCUAAAUGCAGCGCGGAUUCAAAAUGACCCAUCCUUGCGAGUCAUGGUCUAUUGUGCAGCGGAUAGCGGCCUCACUCAAUAUACCAAAUCUGACAUUACAUUUCCUCACCAAGUUGAGCUCAAAGCGAACCUGGAUGACGUUAAGGCAAACUUACGAGGGUUGAAAAACAGGCCUGGUUCAACACGCCCAGCGGACAUUACUAAUUUUAUCCGAAAGAAGGCUGGCUACGUUAACCAGGUCGCUAUGACGUACGCACUCACACAGAAGAAAUAUUUCAUGGUUAUAAACCUCGUUCGAAAACACACAGUGGAGGAAUUGGUAAAUCAAUUACAAGCUCGCAAAACAUUAUCUGCUGAACAAGUUAUACGUGAAAUGAAAAACAAAGCAGAAGAUGCUGACAUUGUUGCAACCUCUGCCGUAAUGUCGCUAAAAUGCCCCCUAUCGACACUUCGAAUAGCGGUCCCCUGCAGGUCAACGAUUUGUUUACAUACCCAGUGCUUUGAUGCGUCAUCAUUUUUGCAAUUACAAGAGCAGGCCCCGACGUGGACGUGCCCUGUAUGCAACAAAGCGACAAACUUCGAAGCACUACAAAUCGACCAGUACGUUGAUAAUAUACUCAAGUCGACACCGCCGAAUCUUGAUCAGGUUACGGUUGACCCAGAUGGCAAGUGGCAUAUAGGACGAGACAAUGACAAUCCGGUACCGGGUGGAAACCCUCCCCCUCCUACUGUUGGCGGGGAUGAUAAUUUAAUCGAAAUCCAAGAGUCGCGAGUAGCCACUCUAAAAGAGGAGCCAUCUACCACCCCAAUGACCCUUCACAGUACACCGUCAGUUCAAACAGGGGAAUUUUUGUUCGCCCAAUCUACAUCGCGACCAACACCAAAUAAUAAACGACCAGCUAGCCAGGUCAUUGAUUUGACCAUAGUGGCGGUUGAGAUGGGAAUUGUUACAAGUCCCUCACAAGUCCCUCACAACUCUCUCACUCUAGGUGACACUUUUUUCAAGGCGCUAUGCUUAUAG